AUGGCCAAACUCCCCCCCGUAACACAGCUUACGGACGUAGUUACUCGCAUUCUCGGGCUUAAUCCAGGAACAUUCACUCUUCAAGGAACCAACACUUACUUAAUCGGCACUGGUAAAUCUCGCAUUCUUCUUGACACCGGCGAGGGUAAAGCAAGUUACCUUUCCCUACUCGUUUCGACACUAUCUCUUGAUCAACUCACUAUAUCCGACAUUCUUCUCUCUCAUUACCACCUUGACCAUGUCGGCGGCGUCUCUGACAUUAUCUCCUACUUUGCGUCGAACAAUCUCCCACUUCCGCGUAUUCACAAGUAUCCCUAUGCGGAAGAUAAGGUAAAGUGCCAACCAUUGGAGGAUGGGCAAGUGAUAAAAACAGAAGGAGCAACGUUACGGGUUGUGACUACUCCUGGACAUACCGAAGACCACGUUGCAUUCUACUUGGAAGAGGAACGGACGAUAUUCUCAGGCGAUUGCGUGUUAGGGCAAGGGACGACAGUGUUUACUGACUUAGAAGCAUACAUGAACUCAUUGUUGAAGAUGAAGUCAUUUCAGCCAACAAAGAUAUACCCUGGCCAUGGACCUGUUGUACAGGAUGCAAUUAGCAAAUUAGGUGAAUAUUACCAGCAUCGACUUGAACGUGAGAAUCAGAUCAUAAAGGUUAUGGCUCAAUUAGGUGGAACGGUGACUGCUAGGGAGAUCGUUGAGGUUAUAUACAAGGAUUAUCCAAAGAACGUGUGGGAGGCUGCUGAGCGUGGCGUCGUCAUGCAUUUGAAAAAGCUGGAGAAAGAUGGACGAGUUGAGAGGCUUGACGGAGGAAAAUGGUUAUUGAAGAGAGAGGCAAAAUGGUAG